AUGACGACUGCUUCGACCAGCGCCGCCGCCGCACCCCGGCACAAGAUUCGUCGCCGACGUGCCGACAAGCCUGCCAUUACCUCGCGCCUCAUCCUCGACGAUCACAUCAAGAGCGAUGUCGGCGUCCUCUCCCAGGACCUGUUUUUGGACCUCUUUCCUCACCUCUGCGGGGACACUGAUGACGAGAGCUCCUCCGAUAUCCACCACAUCGCCAUUACGCCCUGGACGCCCAACGCCUCUGCCACUGGCGGCUCUUGGUGCAUUGUGCCUGUCAUCCGCUCAUCGGCCCUCGCCCACUCGACUGUCCAGUUCUCGCCCUCCUCGCCUGCCCUCCAGAGCUUCGCCGUCACACUGCAAAAGAUUGCGCCCUCCAAGCUGUCCAGCCAUAGCCGAAGCGGCAUCGAGAUUCUUGUCCUCGACAUCGCCGCCGUCCCGCUCGAGACUGUGUUUGUGAGCCUCGAGAGCGAGCUCACUAAGCGACUUGAAAAUGGCCAAGGAACCUUUUUCAGAGAACAUCCUACUCACCAAGUCGCCCGCGGCACACUACCCCAAGACCGUCUCAUGACUGCGCUGCGAGCUGCUCUCGGCACGCUCAAGGUGGUCCAUGCUGGCGACUUGUUCCCAUUGCCGCUGCCGCCGCACCCGGUAACGCACUUGCCCCCCAAUCCAGGCAAGAUUAUGCUCUGCGAGCCUGUCGCGCAAGGUAUUCUUACGCCAAACACCAAGAUUGUGCUCAUGCGCGGCCGAGUCCACCGAAGACAAGAGCGUAGCGCCUCAUCACUGAGUCAGCUCAAUGGCAGUGUUGACCAUGGAGAGGACACAAGCGCCGAUCAGUUCUUUUCUGCCGCCGAAGAGCGCUACAAGACUGACGCGCCGCCCGAUGAGACGGAGACGGAGUCGGCUACCGAAACAGAGACUGACUUCUCUGGCGCCGAGCAAGAAGACGAACUUUCUGACGAUUCCAUGGACGAUAUGAUAUCCCUCGAAGCGCCGGAGCUGCACCCCACCAACAUUAAUGGACCUGGCACGAUAGGCCCUGGCACGCCUAUGACGAUCGCUACACUGCGAGGACGCAAGACCAGCGGCAUUCAGACACCGGGAUCCGUCUUCUCCAACUUCACAGCUACAACAGCGCGAGCCGACAGACCCCGUGGCCGUCUGUUUAAGGCACACGGGCUCCAGGGACCGAUUCCCUCCGAAAUUCUACAUCCCAAACCUGCCGCACAGGACGAUGAAGAGGCUAGAAUAUAUGUCGACAUGUCUUCGCUGUCCAAAAUUGGCUGCUUUUCUGGUGACUGGGCACGCAUCGAGGUCGCCGAAGAGCCACCCGCCAACGGCUUCGGCGCCUUUGGACUGGGCAGCUUCGGCAACAACGAUACAGAGGCCGCCAUCUGGCGUCCGGUCAGAGUCUUCGGGCUUCCCGAGGGCUACUCAUCACCACGCGCUGUGAAUAGGAUAGCUGGCUCGCGCGGCGGAGAGCGUCGUUUGUCGUUCUUUGAAUCCCAGGUUCAGCGCCCUACCAGCCCUGCCGUGUAUGCCUCGCCUGUCCUCCUCGCCAACCUCGAAAACGCCACUCACCUGCGAAUUUCAGCUCUGAAGAAGUCGUCCUACCAAGGCAAGGGUACGAACCCGCGAUUUGCUAGUGCAGCACAUCCGCCGUAUGCUCGCGAUAUUACCAUCCAGCAUGUGCGAACUCCGGUGUCUGCUGAACGAGCCUACCAGACAGCUGUCCUCGGUGGCUUGAAGCACUACUUUGCGGAUAAGCUACGAUUGGUGCGUUCUGGUGACUUGAUUGCCGUGUCUGUUGAUUCCCAACUCGGACGCGCCUUGCAGGAGGCCAUUGGCGCUGGUGGCUCCGAAGUGGACGAUGUUAUGGCCCUCACCACUAGUGACCAGGCCCAAGGCUCCCAUUACGAUGGUGUCGCGUGGUUCAAAGUUGGCCAUAUCCAGAUUCAAAAGUCCGACGAAGAUGAAGACGGGUCUGCCCAAGAUUUCUGGGGCUCUGUAGCGUGCAUCGACAGCGCAACCGUGGCCAUGCACGGGUCAGGAUUCGUGACCAGCCGCAUCCCUGGUACCAACCAGAGCACCUGGCCAUACUACCUCGGUCUUCGCAAAGCCCCCAAGUCGGAAAGCGAUUCUGGCGUGCCGCCGGCGCUCUCCGUCACCAGACAGGAACACGUCUCGCCUCUCCGCAGACAACUGCGCGAGCUGCUCGUCGCCGCGACCAGCCAGCGCGCCAUCCAUCUCAAGAUGCCGCCCGUGGCCAUCCUGAUCACCUCGACACACCGCAACAUUGGCAAAACGACACUGGCCACCACGUCAUGCGCCGACAUUGGUCUCCACACCUAUGAGAUUGACGCCUACGACAUCCUCAACGAGGGGAGCGGUAGCGGCAGCGACGUCAAGACGGAAGGUUUCCUACGCACGCGCGCCGAGCGCGCCGCGAGCUGCGGCGCCGACUGCUGUGCCCUGCUGAUCCGCCACAUUGACGCGCUCACGGCCGACCGCAUCGAGGCCACGAUCAAGGACAUCCUCGCCGACACGCGCGUUCUCGUGGCCACUACUAACAAUGUCGACGAUGUGCCCGACGGCGUGCGGGCACUCUUUACGCACGAGCUCGACAUGGGCGCGCCGGAUGAGGCGGAGCGCGAGGCGAUCCUGCGUGGCGUCAUUGGCGACCGCGGCAUCACGCUGGACCCCAGCAUAGAACUUAACUCGAUUGCGCUCAAGACGGCGGCCCUCGUCGCCGGCGACCUCGUCGACGUGGUGGAGCGCGCGGCCCUCGCCCAGCGCGCGCGCCUCGAAGCCCUCGCGGCCCAAACGACGACGACCUCGCGGCUGCCCAUGACGGUCCGCGACGUGCAAGUCGCCGGGGGCCCGCUCGCCCGGUCCCUGACGGGCGCCGACUUUGACGUGGCCGUGGACGCGGCGCGCAAAAACUUUUCCGACGCCAUUGGCGCGCCCAAGAUCCCCAACGUGACGUGGGACGACGUUGGCGGCCUGAGCCACGUCAAGGACGCCAUCACCGAGACGAUCCAGCUGCCCCUGGAGCGACCGGAGCUCUUUGCGCGCGGCAUGAAGAAGCGCUCCGGCAUUUUGUUCUACGGCCCGCCCGGCACUGGCAAGACGCUGCUGGCCAAGGCCAUUGCGACCGAGUACAGCCUCAACUUCUUCUCCGUCAAGGGCCCGGAGCUGCUCAACAUGUACAUUGGCGAGUCGGAAGCCAACGUGCGGCGCGUGUUUCAACGCGCGCGCGAUGCACGCCCGUGCGUCGUCUUCUUUGACGAGCUCGACUCGGUCGCGCCCAAGCGCGGGAACCAGGGCGACAGCGGCGGUGUCAUGGACCGCAUCGUCUCGCAGCUGCUCGCGGAGCUGGACGGCAUGUCGGGCGGCGACGACACGGGUGGUGUCUUUGUCAUUGGCGCCACCAACAGGCCGGAUCUGCUCGACCAGGCGCUCCUGCGCCCUGGUCGCUUUGAUAAGAUGCUGUACCUCGGCGUGUCUGACACGCAUGACAAGCAGCGCACCAUUCUUGAGGCCCUCACCAGAAAAUUCACCCUCCACCCCUCCGUCUCGCUCGCCACUGUCGCGCAGCAGCUCCCGUUCACCUACACCGGCGCCGACUUUUACGCCCUCUGCACCGACGCCAUGCUCAAGGCCGUCACGCGGCAGGCCACGGCCGUCGACGCCCGCGUGCGCGCCCUCAACGCCGACCCGGCCCGCCAUCGCGCCAACAAGCCCCCGCUCUCGACCGCCGCCUUCUUCGACCACUUUGCCACUCCCGACGACCUCGCCGUCACCGUCACCGAGCGCGACUUUCUCGACGCCCACGACGAGCUCAUCCCCAGCGUGUCGGCCGGCGAGCUGGCACACUAUGAAAAGGUGCGCGCCAUGUUUGAAGGCGGAGCCCCGGAAGAAAAAAAGCAGCAGCAGCAGCAGAGACCGGUGUCGGCGAGGAGCAGUCGGCCGGGCACGGCCGGGUCGCUCAAGGGCAAGGGGAAAGCGCCGCUGGGAGAGGAUGGCGUGGUGGUGAAUGGGAGAGGAAACAAGGGCAAGGGCAAAGCGGUCGCGGGGUUUCAGGAUGGGACGGCGAGUGAUGAUGAGGACUUGUAUUAA